CUCGAAAAGACGAUCCGGAUAAAGGAGUGUACGGAUAAACCGCCCCCAACGUAGUUGCCACACAUUUUCGAUUGAUUCCGUCGCUAGAAAUGUGCACCCGUGUGUAUGUCGGCAACCUCCCCAUGGACGUUCGCACCCGCGAAUUGGACGACCUCUUCUACAAGUAUGGCCGCAUUCGCGAUAUCGACAUCAAGCAGCCUAGCCGCCCGCCGGCGUUUGCGUUUGUCGAGUUCGAACACUCUCGCGACGCCGACGAUGCGAUCCGCGGCCGCGACGGGUACCAAUUCGACGGCCAACGCCUGCGUGUGGAGCGCACGAACGGUGGUGGGGGUCGUGGAGACCGUGACCGUGGAGGGGACAAAGGAUUUGGCCGCAACCUCAUGGGCAGCGGCAAGUAUGCGGUGGAUGUCACGGGGCUGCCGGAAAGCGCAGCGUGGCAAGACGUGAAGGACUUCUUCCGCAAGGCUGGUGACGUGAUCUUCGCCAAGGUCGACAAGAAGGGAGUCGGCUUCGUCGAGUUUACCAACAAGGAAGACAUGCUCCGCGCCGUGUCCAAGUUUGACGACGUCGAGUUUAAGACCCGCACAUACACUGCCGUCAUUCGCGUGAAGGAAGCCAAUUACACAGCAAAGAAGAGUAGCAGUGCGCGCAGCCGUAGUCGUAGUCCGCAGGGCAAGAAGAGUAGCAGCGCGCGCAGCCGCAGCCGUAGCCCACGGGGCCGUGGACGCAGCGCCAGCCGCAGCCGCAGCCGGAGCGUCAGCCGCAGUCGUUCGCGCAGUUCAAGCCGCGGUCGCAGCCAUUCGCGUAGCCGCAGCCGUAGCCACGACAUCAAGAAUGACAAGAAGAACGACGACGAAGUCAAGGAAAAGAUCGACGACAAAGGGACCACGCCUGACGAGGCCGUGGAAGUAGAUGCUGCUAUCGCCGAAUAAUCAUCGCGCGACAGUUUGCUGAGCGUUGGGGCUGCGAGACCACGGCGGCUGGUGUAAUGCAUUGUACUUUCAUAGGUUUUGUGUGUCUUGUGGGGUCUGUGAUAGGAGGCAGCGGCGGCGCUGCGAGGGAUUGGCCGAGCGGCGGCAGCAGCGGUGACGACGGCAGCAGCUGGAUCAGCACCAUUGCUUAAUCUAAUAGAUUUCUUUUCGAGGCUACA